AUGCGCCUUUUGAACCUUCCGAUUUUUCUCGUCUUGGGGUCGCUGUCUGGUCAUAAAAAUUCACUGAACACUGUUUUUUCUAAUAUCGGCAGAAGGAUGUCGUCAGAAGUAGAAAAAGCCAGGACUUCUGUGCGUACUCAAGGACCUACAAUUUUUUCAAAAAUUAUUGACAAAGAAAUCCCAGCUGAUAUAAUUUAUGAAGAUGAUGAUUGUCUUGCUUUUAGAGAUAUCAGUCCUCAAGCGCCAACACAUUUCCUAGUUAUUCCGAAAAAACAAAUUCCGACACUUGAUUCAGCGAGUUCAGAACACGAAAAGCUCUUAGGCCACUUAAUGCUUGUAUGCAGUCAAGUUGCUCAAAAAGAAGGAUUAGCUUCUGGUUAUCGUGUUGUUGUGAAUAACGGUCCUGAUGGUGCACAAUCUGUAUAUCACUUACAUCUUCAUGUCCUUGGAGGUCGACAAAUGCAAUGGCCACCUGGUUAGAUCGCUAUGGAAUAUAUUGUUUAUUACCAUUGGAAUUAAAUACAUUUUGACUUCCUAUAGAUAUGGUUUUUGGGUCUUUUUUAACUUGUUCUUCAGUAAUGAGAAUGAUGUCAAGUUUCUUCCUAAUAUUCACUGAUAAGGGUUGAUAAUACUUUUUGGAUAGUGUCCCAGUUUUUGAUUACUCAAUAGAAAAACACAGAAUCCAGACUGGAACCUUAAGGUUCGAAAUUUCUGUGAUAACUUAUGGGAUUAUUAGUCUUCAAAAGAACAAAGAAGAUAAGAUAACGCUUAAAUCAUUACUUAAAACAUAGGAUCGCAGUAAGAAGUCACCUCUUUCUAUAGCAAACUAAUGGAAGACGAUUUAGACGUUUCAAUCGCUCCUCAUGAGGGCGAUUGCAGAGGUGUGUUGUAAACUUGAUACCCGUUAAUCAGCAACUUCGAUUAGAUAUGGACUACCUAGUCGGGUGCAAUACUCUUAUUGGAAUAUCAGAUAGAAUUAAAAUUCAUGAACAACCGUAAACUACUUUUUGGUCUAUGAAAAGACUUUAAUUAUGAAGCGAUUUAUGGUGAAGAAGUCAUACAAUUAUAACUGAUAAACAGUUUUAACAUGAAUAACGAACCUUUAUGUAUGAGUUGUAAGGUUUUCAUCACAAGAUAACAUCGACCGUAUUGUAGGAAUAACGCUGAAAUCCUAUUGGUUCGUCCACGUAAUUGACUUGUAUUAGUUAUCAUGUAGGUGAGAUAUAAAAUUUAAAACUCCGUCGAAACAUCGAAGGGUCUGAGAAG